UCUCUCUCUCUUUGAACGUCAGGUGAGAAAAUUCCCCCAGUCACAUUCGUUAUCUCUCUCUACACGACACUUUCUCUCUCCACAACUCUCCCUCUGCACAAGCUCGAGUCGCCGCAUGGCCACACCCAGAACGCGCUCGGGACCAGCCACUUCUCUCCGUGACUCGGAAUCUCGACUCACUGAGUUGGAGAAGUUGGAGGGCGCGGGAAGUUGGGACGCCCUUGAAUGGACCAAGAUUGAGCCUGUUUCGAGGUCUGUUCCGCAAGGGGUAUUGGAAUUUUUGCUUGAAGCCGAAAAGGUCAUAGUAGAGGGUUGCGGUGUUGUUCUUGUUAAUAUUGAUGAGGCCGGUACUUUGUUUGUCACCAAUUUUCGUCUUCUUUUUCUGAGUGAGGGAUCCAGGAAUAUCAUUGCACUUGGCACCAUACCGUUGUCAACAAUUGAGAAGUUCAACAAACUUGCUGUAAAGCUUCCAUCAGCCCCUCGGCAGUCUGACAAGAUUCCAUCACAACGACUUCUUCAGGUCAUUGGAAAAGAUAUGAGAAUUAUUGUCUUUGGUUUUCGCCCUCAAACAAAGCAGAGGCGUGCUGUAUUUGAUGCAUUAGUGAGGUGGACAAAGCCGGCAAGCCUAUGGGAUCUCUAUGCUUUUACUUCUGGCACUUCCAGAUUCAAUAACACCAACCCUAAGGUGCGAUUACUAGAUGAGUACUUCCGGCUUCUUGGGAUGGGUUCGCAUUAUGCUUCAGUUAGUACUAUUGAAGACGUCUCAUUCACAUUGUCUAAUGAGUGUUGGAGAAUCAGUGCCAUAAAUUCCAACUAUACAAUGUGCCCAACUUAUCCAUUUGCUUUGCUUGUUCCUCAAUGUAUUAGUGAUGAAGAAGUGCUUCAGGCUUCCACCUUUCGUGCACGGUGUCGCUUGCCUGUGAUUUCAUGGUGUCAUCCAAAAACUGGAGCUGUUCUUGCAAGGUCAUCCCAACCAUUAGUUGGUCUCAUGAUGAAUAUGAGGAGCAAUGCUGAUGAGAAGCUUGUAGCUGCACUUUGCACUCAACUUUUUGAUGCAAGGAAGCCGCGAAGGAAGCUAUAUAUUGCUGAUGCAAGACCUCGAAAAAAUGCUUUAGCAAAUGGAGCAAUGGGAGGUGGUUCAGAGUCCUCUUCCAAUUAUUUUCACUCUGAGAUAGUUUUCUUUGGGGUAGACAACAUACAUGCAAUGAGAGAGAGUCUUGGUAGGCUUAGAGACUGCUUAGAUACUCAUGGUGCCACUUCUUCAGAUGGAAUGUCAUCAUUCUUGAGACAUGGUGGAUGGACUUGGGGUGGAGGCAAUCUCAGCAGUAUGUCUGCUUCAGUGUCAACCCUUGGAGAUAGUGGUUGGUUAAUACACGUUCAAACUGUCUUGGCUGGUUCUGCUUGGAUUGCUGCACGCGUUGCUCUUGAAUCAGCAUCAGUGCUUGUUCAUUGCAGUGAUGGUUGGGAUAGAACUACUCAGUUGGUCUCACUUGCUAGCUUGUUGCUUGAUCCAUAUUACCGGACAUUUAAGGGGUUUCAGGCACUUGUGGAAAAAGAUUGGCUUGCAUUUGGUCAUCCGUUUUCAGAUCGCGUGGCAAUGCCAACUAUAUCUGGAAGUGGUAACAUGCCUUUUGAAUUAUCUAGGUCAUCUUCCGUUGGGAGUUUCCCACCGUCUCCUCAGCGACAAGCAUCGGGAUCAAGCUCAUCUCAAGCUCCAAAUACUUCACAUGCUCAAAAUUUAAACAACUAUUCUCCCAUAUUUUUACAGUGGGUUGAUUGUGUUUCACAAUUGUUGCGGAUGUAUCCUUUCGCUUUUGAAUUCUCCUCGGCUUUCCUCGUAGAUUUCUUGGACUCUGUGUUCUCUUGUCGCUUUGGGAACUUCUUGUGCAACAGUGAGAAGGAAAGACAGCAAUUUGGAGUUUCUGAUGUAUGUGGAUGCUUGUGGGUUUAUUUGGCUGAUUUGCGAGCUUCAGAAGGAAAUUCUCAUGUGCACUACAACCUCUUUUAUGAUCCAUCAAAACAUGACCGUCCAAUAUUGCCUCCAGCAGCAGCUUUAGCCCCAACUGUGUGGCCUCAAUUCCAUCUUCGGUGGGCUUGCCCCUCAGAAGCCCAAACAGGAGAGGUUGAAGCUGAGUGUAGGAAUAUGGUUAAAAAAUUCUCUGAACUGCAGAAGGCAAAAGAAGAGGCAGAAAGAAAAGCCAGAGAAAUCACAGCUACUGUGGGGUCCUUAACUGCGGAGUUGCAAAAUGAGAAACAUAUCAGCAGCUUGGCCAUGGAUUUGACCAAGAGAGCAAGCAAGGAAAGUGCAGCCAUAAAGCGAGCAAUACAAUCGCUAGGGUGCAAGGUUCACUUUUCAGGCAGCGGUGAUUGUACUGUUGACUUUGAAUGCAACCCAACAGAAAUUCCACAGAAAUUUACGCAUCCCCUUCCAAAAGGUGAAUCGGAUUGUAGUGUGAAGCACGAUGAGACAGAUCUCUCUGUCUCUAUAACGGUUGUGCCAGAUGAUGUUGUGUCCAACAAUCCACUUAAUCGGGUUUGUGAAACUCUAUGCCCAUUGCGAAACCGAGAUGGAGGUUGCAAGUGGCCUGAUGCCGGUUGUGCUCAAUUUGGAAGCCAAUUUAUCGGAUUAAAGGCAAACUACGAUGCAUUUGAUAGGCUUUCUAUCUACGACAGUUAUUUUCAACCUGAGUAGGAGCUUCAACAACUUCUGGUCAUGAUAUCCAAUUGAGGACCUUUCCGAAGGGAAGGAAUAAAAGCGAAGUUUUGAGGUGAAGUUUUGUCGGAAUAGAGAUUCAAUAGACGAGUUAGCCCAGUAGAAUGUAAAGAGACAAAGAGGCAAAAUGAACCAAUAAUUGAGAUGGGUCUUGAGACUCUGUACAGAUAGAAUAUAGAGUUGUUGUGUACAAUCACAGGUGUCAGACGUUGCUGAGAAAUUAAUCAGGAAGGCUGGAAAUUACAUGUUCAAUAAUGGAUGCUGUUUUGAUGCUGUCCAAGAUCUUAUAUAAAAUUCUUCAGGUGUUUUAGUGAUACAAUGGCACAUUGCCAUACAUAUCUCUAGCUAGAUUAGCUUCUCUUGUGUACAGUUUCUCCGCCUCAAUCAAUUAUUGUUCUAUUUUUCAGCUGACAUUCAUAUUCAUGUAAACAAUAACAGAGGUCUGAUAAAAUUUUAUUUUUAUUUGUUUA